AUGAUAGCAAGUGUGCUUCUUGCCACCGAUCCAACCCAUGACGCAGCCUACCAGAACGACGGCGAGCGUAUUGUUGGUGGCAUUCCAGUGGACAUUCGCGAUUUCCCGUACCAGGUCUCGCUUCGUCGCGGAAGACACUUUUGCGGUGGAUCUAUCGUUGACCACCGGUGGAUACUUACUGCCGCACACUGCACCAGGUCGGGCAACGUUCACAACCUGUGGAUUCGUGUGGGCUCGACUCACGUUAACGAAGGGGGUCAGCUUUUUCCCAUCGACCGCAUCGUGCAUCAUCCCAGGCAAAUCUCGUGGAGUGACUACGACUUCGCGCUACUCCUGCUAGAUCAGCCGCUCAAUUUUAGUGACACCGUCGAUUCCCUUGCACGGACGACGGCAGUCGACGAGCAACUUCCGGAUGGAACGCUGUGUAAGGUUUCCGGAUGGGGAAGUACGCACAAUCCGGACGAGUCGGCCCUGAUCCUACGGGCGGCCACCGUUCCACUGGCCAACCACCGGAAGUGUAGCGAGGUGUACAAGGACAUUGGCCCCGUGACGGACAGUAUGAUCUGUGCCGGGUACACCGAGGGUGGAAAGGAUUCAUGCCAAGGCGAUUCCGGGGGGCCACUGGUUUGCGACGGUCAGCUGACCGGAGUUGUUUCGUGGAGCAGAGGCUGCGCCGAGCCAGGUUUUCCGGGAGUGUACGCUAAGGUCUCGGAGGCGGCGGAAUGGAUCGAGCAAACGGUUCGCGAACAAACGGCUGUCGGUCGGUAG